AUGUUUACAAACAGACAAGUUCAGCAGCGCAAACUUAUUAAGCAACCGGUUACGGAAAGUGACGAAAAUGUGACUGAUGUGCGGCACUUAGCGAAAGAAAGUGUUCAAGCGCCACUUUCUCAUAGGACCACUGUUCUGUCACGUUUAAGGCGUCCAGCACUCGGUGAUGUCAGUAAUACUUCUACCAGCGUAAGUAAACAAGCCACAAUAAGCGAUGAUAAGUCAAAGUUGGCACUAGUUAAAGAAGUGGGACCUGUUGUUAGCAAAACGGUUAAACAUGUUCAUCGUCAAGCUGUACGCAGACGUGUUGUCAGUGGUAUACCUGUUCCAAGCGAGAGUCAACCUCUCACACGUGCGGACGACCUCGUUGCACCUAAACACGCACCGUUAAAGGAGUUAUCUGCAAAUAAUGUUACAUCGGUCAACAAAGAGACAGUUUCUGCAAACGUGGGUGUUUUUCAAAAGACGAUUGCAUCCAGUACAAUCUCAUCGAUAAUACAACACAAGCAACAAGCAAGGUCUUUAAGUCGUAAGCGUGCUGCUGCAGCUUUACAGAACACUGUACAAUUGCCCGAUCCUGUAACAGAUAUUUCAAAUAGUAUAGACACAAAUUCACUAAAGCAACACGUCCACGAAGCAGAAGCUUAUGAAGCCGAACUUGACAGACUGCGAGCCAAGAAGGCAAAGGUUCAAAGAUGGGAUGACCUGGAUGCCGAUGAUUUUAAUGACCCAUUUAUGGUCUCCGAAUAUGUCGUUGAGAUUUUUGAUUAUUUAAGAGAAUUGGAGAAACAAACGAUGCCUAAUUCUAAUUAUAUGGAGAAUCAGAAAGAGCUUGGUUGGAAAAUGCGCACUAUUUUAGUGGAUUGGCUUGUUGAAAUACACUCUAAUUUCCGACUAUUACCUGAGACUCUUUACCUGGCUGUUAACAUCGUCGACCGUUUUCUUUCUCUCAGAGUUGUUUCUCUCGUCAAAUUACAACUAGUUGGCAUAACUGCGAUGUUUAUCGCUUCAAAAUAUGAAGAGGUUGUCGCCCCAUCAGUAAAAAAUUUUGUGUAUAUGGCAGAUGGUGGUUACUCCGAUAAAGAGAUCUUGAAAGCGGAGAGAUACGUAUUACAAGUACUCGAUUUCCGUCUCUGCUACCCAAACCCCAUGAACUUUCUCCGGCGCGUUUCAAAAGCUGAUGGUUAUGAUAUUUCGACACGUACGAUUGCGAAGUAUCUCAUGGAGAUAAGUUUAUUCGACAAUCGUUUUCUAGGAACCGCUCCAUCUAUGGCUGCUGCCGCUGCAUUGUAUUUGGCUCGUAAAAUGCUUAAUCGUGGUGAAUGGAACAAUAACUUGGUUCAUUAUUCGUAUUAUACUGAAGAAGAAUUACGCCCAGUGGUGGAUCUGAUGGUCGAUUUUCUUCGUAGGCCGCGGAAGAGUGAUGCCUUCGAGAGAAAAUAUGCUGCUAAGAAAUUUUUGAAGGCAAGCUUGUUCGCGCGUGAAUGGGUUAAGCAUAGUGUUGGACUGAUUGGCAAUUCUUAG